CGCGGCAGCGGCGGGCUCCCGGGCGGCCCAGCGCAGCGGACGAGGCGAGCCGGCAUGUCGGGGACCCGCGCCUCCAACGACCGGCCCCCCGGCGCGGGCGGCGUCAAGCGGGGGCGGCUGCAGCACGAGGCGGCGACCACCGGCUCCCGGGUGACCGUGGUGCUGGGCGCGCAGUGGGGGGACGAGGGCAAAGGCAAGGUGGUGGACCUGCUGGCCACGGACGCCGACAUCAUCAGCCGCUGCCAGGGGGGCAACAAUGCUGGCCACACCGUGGUGGUGGACGGCAAGGAAUACGACUUCCACCUUCUGCCCAGCGGCAUCAUCAACACCAAGGCCGUGUCCUUCAUCGGCAACGGAGUGGUUGUCCACUUACCGGGCUUGUUUGAAGAAGCGGAAAAGAAUGAGAAGAAAGGCCUGAAGGACUGGGAGAAGAGGCUCAUCAUCUCCGACCGGGCCCACCUCGUGUUCGAUUUUCACCAGGCAGUAGAUGGGCUCCAGGAGGUGCAGCGGCAGGCGCAGGAGGGCAAGAACAUCGGCACCACCAGGAAGGGGAUCGGACCAGCCUACUCGUCCAAGGCAGCCCGCGCGGGCCUCCGCGUCUGCGACCUCCUGUCGGACUUUGACGAGUUUUCCGCCCGGUUCAGGAACCUGGCCCGCCAGCACCAGUCCAUGUUCCCCACGUUGGAGACAGACGUCGAAGGUCAACUCAAGAAGCUCAAGGGCUUUGCCGAGCGGAUCCGGCCCAUGGUCCGGGACGGCGUCUACUUCAUGUACGAGGCGCUGCACGGCCCCCCCAAGAAGAUCCUCGUGGAGGGCGCCAACGCAGCUCUCCUCGACAUUGACUUCGGGACCUACCCGUUUGUGACGUCCUCCAACUGCACGGUGGGCGGCGUGUGCACCGGCCUGGGCAUCCCGCCCCAGAACAUCGGCGAGGUCUAUGGCGUGGUGAAGGCCUACACCACCCGCGUGGGCGUCGGCGCCUUCCCCACCGAGCAGAUCAACGAAAUCGGAGACCUGCUGCAGAGCCGCGGCCACGAGUGGGGCGUGACCACGGGCAGGAAGAGGCGCUGCGGCUGGUUAGACCUCAUGAUCCUGAGAUACGCCCACAUGAUCAAUGGAUUCACCGCGCUGGCCUUGACGAAGCUGGACAUCCUGGACACCCUGGAUGAGGUUAAAGUCGGCGUCUCGUACAAGCUGAGCGGGAAGCGGAUCCCCUACUUCCCAGCCAACCAGGAGAUUCUGCAGAAGGUGGAGGUGGAGUACGAAACGCUCCCGGGCUGGAAAACGGACACCACGGGCGCCAGGAAGUGGGAGGACCUCCCCCCGCAGGCCCAGAGCUACAUCCGGUUCGUGGAGAACCACGUGGGAGUGGCAGUGAAAUGGGUUGGCGUCGGCAAAUCCAGAGAUUCGAUGAUCCAGCUGUUUUAGACAGAGACGGAGCUGAGCCCAGCAGGCCACAGCGGGUCCCUGUGCACACAAACAGCCACAAUCGUGUUCCCUCCUCGGCCGUAAACAAAGAGAAAUGAAAACUAUUUUCUGUAUUUUUAUAUUUCUCUUUAAGCCUUCAGCUUAACGCACUGAUUUCUACAGUGACUUUAAAGCCAGCAUUGUGUCCAUUUCAAAAAACCCUGCUGAGUCAAAGGAGCCGCGGGGCUCAAAACAGAGACUUCCUGGCACGUGAAUCGUCACGCGGUUGUCUGUCCAGUUGGAGCUGUUUGAUAAUAAACGAAUCCAACAGCCGCUGAA